AUGGCUAAUCGGAUAGUCAUUUGUAACAAUCAAUUGAAUCGGAUCAGAAACAGAUCAGAUUGGAUCAGAUUGGAUCAGAUACAGAUCAGAUUGGAUCAGAUACAGAUCAGAUUGGAUCAGAAGCAGAUCAGAUUGGAUCAGAUACAGAUCAGAUUGGAUCAGAUACAGAUCAGAUUGGAUAAGAAACAGAUCAGAUUGGAUCAGAUACAGAUCAGAUUGGAUCAGAUACAGAUCAGAUUGGAUCAGAUACAGAUCAGGUUGGAUCAGAUACAGAUCAGGUUGGAUCAGAUACAGAUCAGGUUGGAUCAGAUACAGAUCAGAUUGGAUCAGAUUGGAUCUGAUAGGUAG